AUGUCGAUCAAAGGAUGUCAAUGUGCUAGAAAUAUGGAAGAUAAAGACGCAAUUCAGUGCUUUCAAUGUCAACUUGCUUUUCACCAAGACUGUGUCGGAAUAAGUAAAUCAGCUUUCAAGGUUAUCAGUUCCGUGUCCAAUAUUAAGUGGUAUUGUGAUGAAUGCAUGAAACUACUUCCUGAUGUAAAGAGCGAACUUGAAGCUAUCAAAAGUUUAAUUCAGAGAAAUGUUGAUGGGGCGGAAAGAUUCGGUGGCACAGAUUUGAGUACCGAGCUGUGUAACCUUAAAAACGAUUUGAACAAAAGUUUUGCUGAUGCUGUCCGAUGCGAAGUGAAGAAAAAUAUUGAACUAGUUAAUGAUGAGGUAAAAAGUGUUCAAAAAACUUUAACCAAUGCAAAUGACAUGAAAGAAAGAGAGAAUAACAUAAUGAUGUUCAAUUUGCAAGAAACUGAUGAUGAUAAAGAUAGAGUCAAAGGAAUUAUUAAAAAGUUAUCCAGUGAAGUCAAGGAUCAGGAUAUUAAAAGAAUUGUUAGACUGGGUCCAAAAGCUGAAACUAAAAUUAGACCGGUGCUGAUUGAAAUGAGGAGUUGUGCAAUUAAAGAUUUAGUCUUAAAAAAUUCCUUUAAAUUAAAAACUAUGCAUGAAGAUCUUGAUAAAGUAUGGAUCAGUCAUGAUUUAACAGUUGAUCAGCGUGCCGAGUUAAAAAAACUAAUUGAUGAAGCCAAAUCAAGAAAAAUCUCGUGCCCGGGUUUUUUAUUCAAGGUGAGGGGAACGGUGGGAAGGUGGCGGAUCGUCAAACUCAGAGAGCAUCGGUGA